AUGUUUAAUGAUAAUGAAGAUGAUUUUAUGAGUACAAUUAAAAAGGAACAAGAGAAAGAUAAAAUUGAAAAGGAAGAAAAUGCCAUGAAGCAACAGAUUACGAAGUUAACUGAAGAAAAUAAAAAAUUGAAAUUUGUAAAUAUGGAUCAUGAAACAACCAUUGAAGAUUUAAAAGAAUCCAUCGUUGAAAAGGAUCAAAAACUUUUAAAUUUGGAAAAUCAAUUAAAACAGUUACAAGAUAAAGUUUUACAGACUGAACUUCAAUUACAACAAAAGAUAACUGAAUUACAACAAAAUACUAAUCAAAAUCCAACAUCACAGCAACAAUAUGAUAACAUUUCAAGUCCACCAAUUUCAAAACCACUAUCAUUUGCAAAUUUUAAUUCAGGGUCUCCUAUAGUUUCUAAUCCAAAUAGUGCACCAGGAUCACCAAUGCCACAACCUAUGAACGUUGAUCGUAGCUUAUUAAGGAAAUGGAAAGAUUGGAAUGUUGACAUGACUACAUGGAGAAGUGUUGGUUCUGGCCCAAUCGUUGAAUUUUGA